CGGUAGCGUGUCUGGGAGGAGCUGGGGAAAGGGGGUGGUGAGCGCAUGCCCUGUGACCCUGGGCCCCUAGCGACCGCUUUCUUGCGGCCAGUCCAAGAUGAUGAGCUGUGGGGAGUCAGGGAUGAAAUCGGUGAAAGGGGAAGAGGUUGUCGCAGCCCCGGGACCACCUCCAAAACCCCGCGCCCCAGAGCCCGGAGCCCCACUGCCCGAGCCCGGCUUGGACCUCAGCCUGAGCCCGCGGUCCGAGAGUCCGGAGCAGCCGAACUGCAGCCCGAGGCGGGGGAAGUGGCAGGCAAACCAGCGGGGAGGGGCCUGCAAGGGGCGGCAGGUCCGCUUCCGCUUAGCGCCACCCUCCCCAGUCCAGUCGGAGCCGCUGCCGGUCACCGCUGCACAGAGCGAGAAGCCCGUGGCGUCGCAGGACCUGGGUGCGCCCGCGCAGCAUAGCAGCCUGGCUUUGAGCCUUGAGCUGCAGGCUGCGCGGGCCGCAGCCGCGGGCCAGUUCGAUGCCGGAAAGGCCGUGGAGGAACAGCUGAGAAAGUCCUUCCAGACUCGCUGUGUCAUGGAGGAGAGCGUAGCCGAGGGGCUGAACGUGCCGCGCUCGAAGCGGCUUUUCCGGGACCUGGUGAGCCUGCAGGUGCCCGAGGAACAGGUUCUGAAUGCUGCGCUGAGGGAGAAAUUGGCGCUCCUGCCAAUCCAUGCUCGAGCCCCACCCCCAAAGGAGCCACCUGGGCCAGGGCCAGACAUGACUAUGCUGUGCGACCCAGAAACAUUAUUUUAUGAAUCUCCACAUCUGACCCUGGACAGUCUGCCCUCUCUCCGACUUCAACUCCGACCGCGCCCUUCAGAGGAUACCUUCCUCAUGUAUCAGACACUGAGGCGAUGGGAAGUGUAGACCUGGAGACUCACAGAAUUGCUAGUUCAUAA